AUGGGGGCGGAAGACGCAAGCCAUCCGAGAUGGCUAUCCGAAGAAAUGGACGACGACGUGUCAGACGACAUUGACCAGGAAAUGGAUAGUAUCGCUAACAUGGAAACCUUCUCCCAGGAAUUGGACGUUUUGUUGUUUGCUAUUUGGAUGGCCUCUCACGAAGUUGACCAGAAGUAUCUGGGCCAACUGGCGGCUACUACUCGCCAUGAAAAUCCUUUUCUUUCGAGCAUGCUUUACAAGAUCCUUGGUCUAUCUGUAAUCCUCUCCAAAAAGCUCGUUCGCGCCCGGAAGCUUCGCCGCUUAGAUCCGACGCGCGAGACUAAGUCUUUACAGCUCUACUACCAUAUCGUCUGGUUAUCGCGCGAAGGAUUGGUGAUUGUGGAGCAAUACAUAUUGCCCAUGGUACAAGAUUAUAUCCUGCUCAAAGUACUCGCAUACAAACUGCGCGCAUCAUUCUAUCACAUCUUUGUGCUUUUUCACAACCAGCCCGCCAUUCAUACUCCGGGGAUAUCAAGUCUCCCAAGCUCAACCAAUCUACCCAAUGGUGUCCGUCAUACACCAUCAGAGGAACAAUCGGAUCCCAAGCGAGAAUCAAUAUCGCAAACUCCUCCGCCCAGUGAAGGUGGGCCAGUCCGACAACCUUCAGAAAGUAGCGUCAAAAGGGGUCCUCCGGGUCUAAACCCAUAUCCACCGCCUAAACCGGCGGCAUCAUUUCUACUACCAGCACUUGACUAUACACAAACAGCGACUCCCUGCUUCAGCCAUGCAGCUACUCUGGCUGAUACAUUGCUUCCUGGGUCACAUCCUCUGCGCCUAUCCGUGAAACUUGAAUAUGCAGCAUAUCUCUAUGAUUGUCUUCAUGACGCCGAUGCAUGCCGUCGGCUAGCCAAACAGACUAUCGCAGAUGUGUACAAUGCGCAGGAAGGGAUGGAUGACGAAAGUUUUGAGGAUGCCGCAGAACUCGUCGCUGUUCUCGGGCGUAUGGUUAAGCGCGGUGGUAAGACGAGCAGUGCCGGUGGCAGUAGUGUUGGCCGUGACCGUGAUCGCUCCCGUAGCAAUGACCGUCAAAGUACCACCAAAGGAACGCCGCCUCGACAAACGCCACACACGCCUGUACGACAGACAAUUACAAAUCAUCAGAAGACGCCUGGCCAGCAGUCGGCUUCCCCUGCUCCAAGUCGGAAAAAAUACUCUCCUCCCACGCCUUCGCAAAUGAAAGGCAUAUCUGCAUCGAAACAAUCCCCCUCGGCGGCAUCCGGAGGAAGCACUACGCCUAAAGCCCCUGUCCCAAUUAUCAAUCCCAUAUAA